GCAGAGCAUUUAGUACGUGACGCCGAAGCGUUAAAGACGCCGAGCAAGCAGAAACAGAAGCAUUCCGUCAUCAAAUUAUCGUCAACGGUGAAAAAACGAGAGGUGAUCAUGCCAGGCCCGAUCAAACAACGUGUCCAAGAAUGGCUGGAGCACCAACCAUCAACGCCUACCCAAUUGCACAGAAAUGCCACAGAUGAGUUGCAUAGCAGCACAAAUGCAAAAGCAGGCGAUGACUGUGAAGCUUCGGGAGAAGCAUCGGAGACAGACUCCGUUCCGCAACCUGGCUCGGAUACAUCCGAGGGGCUCACUGACUCCAUAGCUACUUGCAUGCAGACGAGCACAAACUCCUAUGGUGGCAAUUCCACUGAAUGCUUCGGAGGUUCUACAGAACCUAUACUCAGUCCAACGACUGUACUGGGCUACGGAAGCAGUAAUCAGAGCUUGAACGUAAAGAUUGUUAAGCGGGCACAGACACGCCGCAAAUCGGAGCGACCGUGGUCGGUGUCGUGUUUGUCGCAACUGACCACCGAGACAGUGCAAACGGCGACAGCUGUGGCGACAGUAAGCAACGUACAGACCGGCCUCGCCACUCACUCGAUUAGUGAGUCGGCGCUGGACUCUCUAUCGCCUGGCGGCCGCCAACGCGCCUCCUCCUCGUCCACCACCAAUGUUACCCAAGUAAAAGCGUGCAAUAGUAAGGGUUCAUUGAAACGGCGCAAAACGCGCAAAAAGAAAAUGUCCAUUGGUGCGAAUAUUGGACUAGUUACACCAAAUGCACAUUCUGCUGGCCACAAAACGCCUGACUCCGGGUCGGAGCACACCGCCGAGGUGCCACGCCUCGCCCAAACGCUACUCAUGAAGUCGUGUGAAUCCAUGUCGGCUCAACAAAUUCGCGAGAUAACGAACGCGCUAUUGAGCCUGCAACGCGGUAGUGGCACAAUGCCAAACGAGGGCGCCAUGGGCGGCAGCAGCGGUGCCACGCAACACUCAUUGGGGCAGCCGCAGCAGCAGCAGUACGAAAAUCAGCAUCAGCAGCAGAACGAUAGUGGCGGGGAGGCUCAAUUAAUGAAGCCCAACUUCCGCGUGGGCUCCUAUACCACAGCGUACAUGCGCAACGAGAAACGGUUGGGCUCGUUAGCGGCUUUGGCCACAUACAUGAAUGACGAAGAAGAAGAGCAGCAAGGAGCUGCCACACCAGUGCCCCAGAAGCACCGAGAUUACACCACCGGCACUGACGAUCACCACAGCAGUUUCUCGGAAACGGCCUGGGACAACUAUCAAGAGAAAUAUAACUCGGAGAACUACUCUGAGGGGUUUGAUUCGGAUGCAGCCAGAAGGCUUAUGGAAUUUGGUGAUGAUUAUCGAAAUUUCAUCGAUUCGCAGUCAGACUGCUGUUCUUCGCUGUCAGCUGCCAACAACGUAGAUUCACUAUCGCCGCCACGUAUGGACUCGUUGCAACAAACGGACACGAAAACUAUUACACAAGACACAAUCGCCAACAGUGUAGACCAUGCCAGACGUCGCCGUGCACUUGACUUGGAAUACGAAAGAAGACGCAAAACAUUAGAGGUUCGUCGCAAAUCAUGCCAAGACUCAUCGGAGGUACAGAACGCACGCGGUUCCUCCAUGUCCUUGUCAGCUUCGGCCGCCAAUGUUGUUACUCCCAAAGGUGGCAUUGAGAAAUUGAAUCAGCAACAGAAAUGCGACUCGGCCAGUCGCAAAUUGGAAUUUGGCAUGAGUCAUUCAGCGCAGUCCUUGCGUCGCACAUCGGAAAGUGACACAUCAACUCGUCGUCGUAAAGUGGAUGACCGUCGUCGCUCUUCCCGCAACGUCGAUAAAUGCAUCAAAGUGAUCCCGGCCACUUCCUCAUCCAGUUGUGAUGACUCUGACGAUGAAAAGGAAAUGCGCAAUUUACUGCAACAAAGCCGCAAUCGUUUGGAAGACACUGGCGCAUUGAAAAUACGCUGCCACCUUUUGCGCCCUGAGGACUACACGGAGAUCAUCAGCACUUGCCGUGACAAUAUACGUUGUCUGGAGGCCGUACUCCGUGGUCCGCCUGGCACGGUGCUCUCUGCACAGUGUGCCGGCCAGACUAAAGAUUUAUUAGCUGCUUGGGAGGACCUAUUGGGCUGGAGCGAAAAUGCUGCAUCCGCACGUAAAAUGCAAGAGGAGAUGAUCAUUCUCAAGCACGCGCUGAACAAGUUGGGCAACAAGAGUACAUUUGAACUAUUGGACACAGAACCACAGAUCCAAGUCGCAAUUGAGGCUCUAAAGAGUGAAAAAACGGAGUUGCAAAAUUACCGCACAAAUAUGCUUCGCCUGAAUGCCAGCGUGCACAGUUGGCUAACGCGCCAGGAAAGACGCCUACAGAAUGUAUUAAUGGAGGAGGAAUUGAAAGCAGCUGCUGAAAAAGUGGCCAUUGAGCACGCGGACGAUCGAAACAAUUCAUUCGCCGCUGGAGGUGAUGUAACCGGAACGCUUAAAGAAAAUACCACAACUGUGGCAAUCGAUUUUGGCAACGGGGCAGCAAAUAACGCAAUCGUUGGCACCGCCACUAUGACCACUUCCAUUGGCACUAGUACCGCUGGUAAGGGUGCCAAAGUGUUGGAUAUACACACACUAAUCAAUUCGGAAAAUGAAUUCCACAAACAUUUGAAGAACGAAGUGAGCGACAUGUACAGCGCCUGGGACGAUGCUGACGCAAGGAUAAAUACUCAACUGGAGACGCUAACGAAUUCACUGAUCGCUUGGCGGCAGUUGGAGAAUGGCUUGUAUGAGUUCCAGCAAGCGCUCGGCCAGGAUCGCGGCACAUUAAAGGGGCUCGAGGGUGCGUUGGACAAGGGCCAAGCCAGCCCAGUAGAGCUGGCGCAGAAUGUUAAGGUUGUCGCCAAACUACUUUCAGAGCGCGUAAAUGUUAGCCAAGAACAGCUUACUGCGGUACAGGAACAUCUGGAUCCCAACCAUAUCUUGCACAUUGCAAAAUUCACCGCUUCCAACGGCUCGCUUUCAGACUCAGGGAUUUCCGACGGUGGUGCCACUUCUGAUGGCGGGCUAUCGGAGCGUGAGCGUCGACUUGGUGUCUUGCGGCGUCUAGUAAAGCAGUUGGAGUUGGCUUUGGCCCCCGGCAGCGAAGCGAUGAAGUCCAUUGCAGUGCGUAUGGAGUCCGCCGAGGCAGAGCUCAAGAACUUGCAGAACACCUGUCGCGACUUAAUUGUGCGCACAGCAGCUACACAUCAAAAUAAGAAAGUCCAACAGCAGCUACAGCAAGCAGAAGCACAUCAACUUCAAGUACCUGGUGGAGAAGAAAUGGAUAGCAGUGUACGAAAUACUGCCGGUGAAAUAGUAAAGGCGAACGGACAUGCAGGAGGCAGGAGAAGCAGUGCAACGAAAGAGCAGGAAUGUGCUGCUAAAGAAAAUGCGUCCCCCAGAAGAAACGGACGUCGCAGGCAGAAUAAGAAUUCCAACGGAUCCAAUACAGACGCCGACAACAGCAAUGCCUCCACAUCAGCUAACGCAUCGGCUUCGACUUGUAAAGUGGUGGGUACCAAACUGGCUGCUGGUGCGCCAGACUCUGGCGACCCGGCAGACGAUCCAGAUCUUGAGUUCGACAUGGACGAAGCAGACGACAAGGAUGACGACAAGCAUCCUCAUAAUAGCUGGACUUGGCGCAUCGCCAAAGCAGCUGUGCCUGUGCAACUGGCCUUGAUCACCUUCCUGUGCGCCGCCUGCCUCAUGCAGCCCAAUUGCUGCGACAACCUCAACAACCUGUCAAUGAGUUUCACGCCUCAACUCCGUUAUAUUCGUGGUCCGCCACCAAUUUGAAUCGACUGCUAGCAGCACCUCAAAUGCUUCCGCAUGCGCCGCCAGCAGUGCAGACACACACCGUGGUAACGCAAAGUUCGCGUCAAGCAAAUCAACCACCAGAUAAACUGCAAAUAUGCAUUUAUAAGUAAGAGCUCUACGUUGCGAACGUGUAUCGAAGACGCGCGGUUGCCAAUAUGGUUGCUUUUAGGGGGAGUGUAGGAAUUAAUGUAACUAACUGAUAGCCGAUUAAUAUGUUUGCAUGUCCUAAUACACGCAUCAGAGGCGCAAGUUAAGGACUUAAGGAAUCGCUGAAGCAGAUGCCCGUGAAGCGCAGUAUUUUAACAUAUCAUGGAUAAAAGCCUAAUCAACUUCUCCUUUGGAGUUAAACUUCGCGCUGUCAACAGAGGUGCAUCGCAUAGUUGUUGAAAGAUAGGCAAACUAAAAGCGAUGACAAAACAUUUAUUUUUAUGGGGAUGGCAUUUUAUUUAUUUAGAUCGUAAAGGUAUUCAUUCGUUAAAUAGAAAAGGAAACUGCAAAAAAUGCAUUGGAUAACGGUACAUUACAAAAACAAAAUGUAACCAAUGAUUCGCAAUUACGGAUUACGGUACAAAAUAGCACCAACACCAAUCACUCUAAGCUAUGUAUUGCGACUGCGAAAAGUAGUGGCACAUACGCCCGGCAUAAUUAUAUGGACCUUGAGUUCUAUCGAACAUUGGUGAAUGAGUAUACUUAUAUAGUUGCAAGUACUACCGAUAACAGAAAAUAUCAACAAGGGAUUAGUUGUUGAUGUAGCAAAUACAGGAAUAGGAAUGAAAGUUGUUCGAAUUAUUGCAAUAACGAUUACUACGAAAGAACACACGCAAUUUCCCUAGAAACAAGCUCCGCAAUAUCUUUUGAUACGAAGCAAUGCGACAAAAGUAUAGCGAGAGAGCCAAAAUGAUAUCUUGUAUUCAGUUGGAUAAUAAAUAAAUCUCUGAAAAUUACAGAUUUGAUAAUAUUUUAUAUAUACAGCAGCGACUUUUUUGUUUCGAAAACACUAAAGUGCCUGAAAUACAACGCCAACAAAAUGGUUGAAAAAUGUUCAUCCAAUAAAUGUUCCUUAUGAAAUGAUUGAAAUUGACAGCAGAAAGCUAUGAAUGGGACUCCGUCCAUCUGGCAUGGAAGCUAUAUAACUACAUACAUACAUACAUAAAUAUUUUGAAUUGCCGAUCCGUCGAUGUCGGACAUUUUACUUUGGACGCCCAAUGCCCACAAAUUCAAGCUGUUUUUGUUUUUUUGCAGUAAUCGCUAAAAUUCCUUUUCUAUUAUAUUAAUAGGUGCAGCAACCGAAACUCGUUUUAGGUUAGUAGUUGAUUUGCACUUUUAUAUACAUACAUACAUAUGUGUGUUGGUUACACACAACAUACUGGCAUAUAUGUUAUUUUGCAUCGUAAUUGUGUUGAAAGCUCAAUUUUAAAAAAGAGUUAAUUCUAAUUCAAAACAACAAAAAUAACAAAAAAACUUAUUCUUAGUAAUUAUCUUAAAUUUAGUUACUUGAAUUAUGGUUCUAUAGUAAUUGAUAAUUUUCUAUUCAACGUAUACUUACUUACAUAUUCUUAGCGUACAAUAAAUGCUGAAUAAAGCGAACAUUUCGUAAAAGGUUCGCUUCAUAAAAUAAUAGCAUUGCAUAUUUCACAAUAUUUCUGAAGAAUUCUAACGUAUUUAUACUUCUAUGGGCAAAACAAAAAAAAAA